AAUUGUAAAGGUUUUGUGUUGUAAAUAAAAUUAGUUGUUAUUUUUAUUGAGUUAUUUUUUUAUGUGUUGUUUAAAAUGAGUAAAUCUACCAAAGCGGAUUUUAAGAAAACGCUGGUGAGAAACACCACGCAAAGUCUACCGAAAGCUGUGGUGACAACAAAGACCAGUGGCAAUGCUUCCAGAAAAGAAGACAAGCAGAUCAUGGCUAAAGAAAAGAAGACUUUGAAUCUGGGUUUACCGGCGAUCAAUUCCAGCAAAAAUUUAGUUAAAACAAUGAAAACAGUGGAGAGUGUGCAGCAGAGGAAAGUCCAAGAAAGUAAUUUGGCUUUGCAAGAUGAGAUAUCAAAGAGAAUGAACUUUCCUUGUGAUCGUGCCAUUUACAAAGAACUGAUUCCAGUCUGCUCAAAACCUGAACAGGUAAUAGCUCAUCCUGCCAGAGGACCUUUACCUCUGAAGGAUAAAGAACCUAAAUUGGAGAACUUCAUCAGACACAAGACAUUGCCAGAAUACACUUGCUCUGCUGCCACACAAUCACAGGAGUGGAAUGCAGUUAGGGAACAUGAUGGAUUUAAAAUGUAUAGAUACAUGCAAAAAUUUAGUUAAUAAAUUACCAUUUAUUUGGCAAAAGAAAAACAGAA